AUUUUUUUAAAAAGCACCGAGUAAUCAUCCUCAAGUUUUCUAAGGUUUGAGUCUUCGGUUUUCACGCGGGGUUUCAGUAAUUAAUGUCCUAAUCACUUCAAAGGCUGUUUUAUAUCAUAAUAAAAAUAAAACCUUCCACCUGAAAGUCAAAACGAAGGCAUCCGCGAAAUAUAUUUAGUCUUCUGGAACACAGACAACAGGAAUCAAGGUUAUCUUACACAUACAAACACCAGCAGAGCAGAAGGAAGAAGGAGAAGAAAGAAAAAACAGAUCUGUUAACAAUUUAAACAAUUUUAAACAAUGUCGUGGCUGAGAAAUGCAAUGAAUAGGGCAGCGGAAGUGGGAGUGGGAGGGAGGAACAAUCUGACACGCACCGUAAAGACUUAUGCAGGCACCGUAGUUCAACAAGCCGGCCAGGCCGUGGCCGAAGGCGCCAAAAUUAUUCAAGAUCGAAUGUCUGUAAGAAACAUGAACAACUUCAAACAUGCAGUGAGAAGAUUGGAAGAGGUUGCUCUCUCUGCUAGAGGAAUGGAGAGGUUCCAAGCAUUAGGAAGGUGGCUGGUUGCACUCAAGGAAAUUGAGAAGGAUUCCAAAUCUGGGCUUCCAAUAGGAGACAGAAAUAACGAACAGGCUCAGAUACCUGAAGAUGAGAGGGCGUCACCAAGAAAAGCUUCUUUGGUUCUUUUCUAUGAUUCUGAUAGUGGAACUCAACCCAUGAAUUUCCGUGAUGUUUUUCUUCACAGCCAGGCACUUGAAAACAUUGCAAUAUCUAUGAUUUUGGAAGUGCCAAGCGAUGAUGAAGUUCCCCUGCUGUUGGAACUAUUUGAACUCUGCUUGACAGGAGGCAAAGAGGUACACAAUGCUAUUGUAAGUAGCAUACAAGACUUGGCAAAAGCAUUUUCAGGUUAUCAAGAAGAAGUGUUGGUGAAACGUGACGAGCUGCUCCACUUUGUACGGGUUGCAAUUACUGGGCUAAAGUUGAAUGCUGAAUUGAUUAGAAUAGAUGGAGAGGUCAGGGAUCUGAAGUACCAAAUAGCAGAGGAAUUAAUGCUGGACAGUGGACAUCAUGAUUUUUCCAAUGUUUCCCCAAGAAAGUCUGGAGAUGCUUUACCUGUUACUAUAGAGGGGUUGAAGAGGUCAGAAGAAACUAUCCGCAAAUGCUCAAGACUACAAUUUCUCUUGGAAAGAAAGAAAGCUAUUUUGCACAGUGGAGACUCAGAAGAGAGUCAUACCCAAAAGGUAGAUAAGCUAAGGCUUUUGGCAGAAUCUCUUUCUGUUUCAACAACAAAGGCAGAAAAGCAAAUUGCAGAUAACAGGCACCAAAAGGAGGAAGCACUAAAUUACCGUGUGGCUAAGGCUAAUGAAGUGACAGAAGUAGAGAAGGAAUUGUCAGCCGAGAUUGAAACGCUUGAUAAAAGAAGGGUUGAGCUGGAGGAAGAAUUGAAAAAAGUCAAUGUUGCAAUAGCAGCUGUCAAUAAGCGUCGCAUCAAUGCUCAAGAAGAGAAAGAACAGUUUUUUGAAGCAAGUACUCAAAUUGUUUCUCAUUUAAAGAUGAAGGAAGAUGAAUUGACGAGGUCAGUGGCUCAACGCAAGACUGAAUCUGUUGUAGUGAAUACAUGGACAAAUUUUCUUGAAGAUACGUGGAUUCUACAGUCCUCUCAAAGUCAGCAGAAAGAACAGGCGGUGAAGGAUGCUUUGGAGGAAGCCAAUAGACAAUUUUUGCAAUUUGUCAUUUCAAAGUUGCCUGCAUACAAGGAGGAUUUAGAUGUUUUGCUUGAUGAAUUGAAAGCAUUUUCAAAAGCUAUCAAUGAUAUGUCUAAUAAGAGUUUGAACAGAUCACAGUUUGACCAAGCAAAUGAAUCUGAGGUGUCAGAAAGGAGAAAGGUUGAAGAGAAAUAUCUGGAAGCAGAGUCACAGGCAAUUACAAUUUUUAGAACAGUUGACAGCAUGAAGGCAGAAUUUUACGCACAUGAAAAAAGCAGCUUUAGGAAUGCUGAGGAUGAAGGUAAAACUAUUGAGUGUUUUGGCAUGAUUGAUCAAAUGCGACAAAAAUUUGAAGUAAUGCAGAGACCGAUUCUAGAAUUGGAGCCUGUGACACCAAAAGAAAAUAUUGCAUCUACUGAGGAGAAACCAUCAGAGAACUUAUCUGAAAGCUUGCAAUCCUUGCAAAAAGAAGACAAAGAGCAGUUGCCAGGAUCAGUUCAGGAAUCUGACAGAGACUUCAAACCAUCAGAGGACGUCUUGGAUCCUGAAGCAGAACUGGCAAAGUUGGAAUCUGAGUUUGGAAAAUCUGGUGAAGGUUACUCUUCACAAGAGAUUGGAGGUUGGGAAUUUGAUGAGCUAGAAGAAGAACUAAGAUCAAAUUCCUAGGAUUUAUGAUCUGCAAUUUGAUAGUUUGCAAUUAUACAUUCAUUUAGAUGAAUGCAUUCUUUGACAUGUCCAUGGUGCAUAGAAAUGGGUAUUAGUAAUUGAUCGUUUCACUCCUGGAAAUUAUCUAUCUUGUAUAUUUUAUGAAUAAAAUUGUAUCCAAUUUCUGGCUCUUUAUGUAAGAUGGCAGCCACUGGUAGUUUCUAUUCGAAGCUUGACCAAGGGUUUAUUUCAAAAGUCCUGUAAAUCUUGUCUAUAUUGAAUGUAGGACAAGCUUCAAGUUUUAUAUUUGUCUCGCUGAUCAUAGGUGAAAUAGGAUAUAUUGAUUUAAUAUGGACCUGUGCAAUGGCGUCCUCAAACAAUUCACGAUUGUGAUGACUCCAUAUUUGGUGAAAAGCUAAACUUGGUGAGUUGCGCUUCCCUUGCAAUGAAAUUCUAUUAGCAUCA